AGAAAGAGAGGCAGUAGCUGACUCCACGUCCAUGCAGAGAUGCGUGGAGCAGAGGCGGACAAGAGCCGCGGCGCGGAGGUCUUCACGGCACUGGACGUGGGGAAGCGCGGGUGGGUGGAGCUGCGCUAUGCAAUUGGCGCGCUGGCAGCCUUCGGUCUCUCAAAGAAGGAGCAUUUGGCGAUGGCCGAAGCACUGGAGAGCGCUGCGCGCCCAGGAGGGCGAGGGAGCUCCGACCAGCGGCACGUGGACAAGAAGAAAUUCAUCGAGGCGCUGAAGCCCAGCCCUGGCGCCGCUUCGCGUUCGAAGUCGUGGACUCGAGUUCGAGGAGCCGUGCGAUUUGCCAAGAGCGGGCGGCCCGAUGCAGAGAAGAGCGUUGGCCGCAAGGACAGCCCUACGUCCACGUGGGACUGGCCGACCGGGCCAGUGGGUGCCCAGGUGGGCUCGCCCGCAUCUUCGCGUCCUUCGUCAAGGUCGGACAAGUCUCCCCGAAGUCCAGCGCCGGAUCCGUGGUGGCACAUUCCCCAGCUUGCUCCAGCCGGGCUGCCCGCCACUCCGGACGCUUGGCGAGCGGCCGCCCGGCGGGCCGAGCAGGAAGGACGCAACGCGGCGGCGGCGGAGAUUGCGUUGCUUCGCAUGACCGCUGGGCUUCAGGCGCCGGCUGGAAAGGCGGAGUGGCCGAAAUUCAAGCCACCGGCCUUCGCUCGCGUGGCUUCUGAGACAGCGCUGCUCAGCUCGGUGUCCACUUCAGCAGGCUCAGCAGAGUCCUCCUCAGCAAGGCUCAGGAGCCCGGGCUCUGUGAGCUUCUCCCCGCGCUCCUUCUCGCGCUCCGCCCGCGGCCGACGAGACGCGGAGGUGUCGCCGCGCGGGAGACGGGAGGACCUCCGGCGGCCGCGCGUGGAGGCCAACACGGCCAGGGAGAAGAGCAACUGGUCCCCCUGCAAGUGGCCGCCCUCCGCUCGAUGGCCAUCAACGCAGCUGCCGCACAACGUGAACAACUGGCCCAUAGCAGGCGACGACAAGCCAACGGGACUGGACACCUGGACGCAUCUGCUAUUCAGCACUGGCCUGCGAAGCUCGCCUUUGCAGACACCCUUCAAGUGUGGCCAGUGCCGGAGCGUGAACUCCCCAGACUCCGCCUUCUGCCGCAAGUGCGGCCAGCGCCGGAGUCGCAGCUCCCGGAGCGCGUCGCCAGGCGCAAGGCCUGGCGCGCGCGCCAGCGCCAGGAGCGCAAGCGCCGGUGCGGCUGGCCAGAGCGAGAGCCGAAGCGCCUCAGGCCAGAGGAGCCCAAGAGAGAGAAGCAGCCAGAGAAGCGUCGGCCCAGCGGCAAGAGGCGUCACCCGUCAAGUCAGUGCCGGAAGCGGCUCCGCGCGCAAGCCGCGGAACGUCGCCAGCGCGAACCGGGACCGAACCGUCUGGAGCACUUCGAGGGAGCCUAGGCGAGAAGCGUCGAGUGCCAAGCCAAAGCCGAAGCUGAAGCCGAAGGUUUUCGGGAAGCCCUCAACCGCGGACCUAGUGCGGCUGCAGAGGGAGCUGAAAGCUCAGAUAGACACCGUGAGCCGGGCGCUGGAGGGUCCCAGGGCAGCGCGGCAAAACAAGGCAAAGCCCAAAGCCAGCGCGCGGCAGCUGAAAGAGAACGACCUCCAGGUGCCGCAGUUUCGCUUCAGCUAAGGGCAGCUGGUAUUUUGCUCUCUGGUGCCGGGAGGAUUUGUUAAUGUCCUGUUGUGACCUGUCCUUCGUGCCAGAGGCCCGGAAGCCAGGCGCAGCCGAAAUUAGGCGCUGGUGCCGUGGAUGGUGUGGCCGCGUUUUUGGU